AUGACUACAUCUGCAUUCUUGAUUCUGGCAGCUCUUGUUGGAUCCUGCGCUCAGUUUACAGUUCAUGCUCUCAGACCGGCUGAUAUCUCAGCUGUUUAUGCCUUGGGGAUGCCUCACUCACACAGGGAUGAAGCAUCCAGAGUGGUCAGUCGAGUAGCUGAGUUGCUGUCUAUGUUUAACCCUGAAGUGAUCAAUGAACAUGUGAAUAAGCCCUCAUUGCAGCCCAGGAGCUUGUUGGAGGAAGCAGAGGAGCUGUCUCUAUCCCUUUCACAUCAGGUCUCAGACUGGAAAUUUGUGCUGCUGUUUGUACCAACAGAUUUCACAUGCACCUGUUCACCACAUGUUGCUGCAGAUGUUAACGUUGUUGUGCAGGAAGUAGAAGCAGCUCUGCAAAUAUUGCAGAAAUGGUUACAUCACACCUUAGUUCACGUUGUGGUCUGGAGCACAAUUCAUCAACAGGACAACUGGUGUGAGUGUAUGAGAGAUGAACGCAUAAACCAGCGACUACAUAAAGCAACUCUUCUAAAACAACUGCAGGAUUCUCUAAAUCACAUCUUGGAAAAUCCAAAGUGGCAAAGUAACAGUGUGGACUUCACUGCCCUGCUGCAGGCUGUGCCAGUAAUCACUGACCCCAUUUUAGAUUCUGAGAACACAUUGUCUGAGAUAGACCAACUAGCUAUUCAGCUAUGGACAAACCUGCUUCAGCCAUCAACAGAUCAGAUAGAGGUCAAGGACACCAGUAUCAUCAGUAUUCCUUGCCCUACUCAGGAACGACCUUUCCUGCGGACACAGAUAAAUUCCCCCACCAGCAGAGAGGAGAAGGUUUACAGCGAAGCCUCUUCACUGACAGACCCGGUCAUGGGUACCGACAUUCUCUGCACAGACCGUAGUCCAUCCCCUACGAGACCCACUUCAGUUCAUGAACUCAGACCUGCAGAUAUCAAGGUGGUUGCAGCAGUAGGCGACUCUCUGACAGCAGCCAAUGGUGUGGGUGCAAAGACAGACAACCUUCUAUUAGUGAUUAAUGAGUACCGAGGACUGUCAUGGAGCAUUGGCGGUGAUGAAAACAUUACCACUGUGACCACUUUGCCAAACAUCCUGAGGGAGUUUAACCCCUCUGUGACUGGCUUCUCAAAGGGAAUAGGUAAUGAGGCAACUCCUCAGGCCUUCCUCAACCAGGCUGUAGCAGGAGCUAAGAGUGGUGAUAUGGUGCAACAGGUGCGCAUCCUGGUGGACAAAAUGAAAAAUGAUUCGCGCAUAGAUUUCCAUAAUGACUGGAAAGUGAUCACCAUGUUUAUUGGGGGCAAUGACAUAUGUGACUUCUGCACAGACAGUAUUUUUUUCUCGCCCAAGAAUGUGGUCGGGCGUAUCCGCCAAGCUCUGGACAUACUCCAUCAUGAAGUGCCUCGAGCCAUUGUCAAUCUCGUUGAAAUGUUAAAUAUUGUACCAUUGCGUAAGCUGCACCAAGAUAAAACUCUGGGCUGUCCCACCUGGUUUGUAAGUUUAAUUUGCCCCUGCAUACUGAAGCCUAAAGAUGGAUCCUCUGAACUCCAGACGGUUAAUAACUUCAAUAGAGCUUAUCAGCAUGCAAUGAGAGAGCUAAUUGACUCCGGCCGGUAUGACACACACAACAACUUCACUGUGGUGCUGCAGCCCCUCUUCAGAGAAAUUGUCCUUCCCAUUGUAGAAGAUGGAAAGCCUGAUCGCUCUUUUUUUUCACCUGACUGUUUUCAUCUCAGCCAGAAAGCUCACACUCUCAUGGCCCGUGCUCUUUGGAACAACAUGUUAGAGCCAGUGGGCAACAAGACUUUUACUCAAGACUUCAUGGCUGGAAUUGAUUUGAAAUGCCCCUCAGAGACUAUCCCAUUCUUCAGAACUGCUAUCAACAGCAACUACACCUUUCCAGGCCCUCCCCCCACCCCUGCCCCUGUUACUAACUGGGGCAGUGACUUCUCCUGCGUUAACACAGCUCCAUCCAACUCAGUACCCACUUCAGCUCACAGGUUACGACCAGCCGACAUCAAAGUGGUGGCUGCUCUGGGAGACUCUCUAACCACUGGCUUUGGUGCUAAGGCGAAGAAUUUGCUGCAACUAAGAACUGAGUACACAGGAGUGUCAUGGUGCAUCGGAGGAGAUAAAACUCUCGAGACUGCCACAACACUACCCAAUAUCCUUAGGAAGUUUAAUCCUACAAUCAGAGGAAUGUCAAAGGGACAAGGAAAUCGUCAGACUGGCUUCAACGUGGCUGUGUCAGGAGCUAAAAUCUCAGGAAUCCCAGGGCAAGUCAGAAACCUGAUUGAUAAGAUGAAAAAAGACUCUGCAGUAGAUUUUGAGAAGGACUGGAAGCUGGUGACCCUCUUCAUUGGAGGCAAUGACCUGUGUCAGUACUGUAAUGACCGGGCGUCUUUGUCACCUCAGAACUACAGCCAUCAUUUAAUGACAAGCUUGGAUAUAUUGCACAAAGAGGUUCCCAGGACAAUUGUCAGUGUCUUGGAAAUCCUGGAAAUUGAAGGCCUCCGCAGGAUCAAAAGGGAUAGUCUUGGGUGCAGUGUCUUACAAAAGUUCGUCUGCCCAUGCUUCUUGUUAUCAGGAGAAAAUUCUCAAGAGUUGGCUGAAGUUAAAAGGAUCAAUCGGGAAAUACAGAUUGAGACGGAAAAAUUGGUGUACGGAGGCCGGUAUGAUGACAGAGAGGACUUUGCUGUGGUCGUGCAGCCCUUUUUUCAAAACACCGUUGUUCCUGUGAAUGCUGAUGGCACACCUGAUGACACCUACUUCUCUAGGGACUGUUUCCACUUCAGUGAACGGGGACAUGCUGAAAUGGCUGUAGCUAUAUGGAAUAACAUGUUGGAGCCAGUGGGCAAAAAGCAGACUUACAACCAUUUCACAAAUGUCAGACAUAACAUCAAGUGUCCCACUGAGGAGCAUCCUUACAUCUUCACAAGGAUGAACAGCUUGCCCAGUCUGACCACCACCACCACCAAAGCACCCACCACCACAACCACAACCACCACACUGCAGAACACAGCCCAGCCGCUCACCCCUGAUUGCUCAGACGGUGUGCCAGUAUGGCUUGCUGCCGUGCUGGCUGUCACGGGUCUUUUGAUUGGUUGGGGUGUCACCUGGCUCCUUCUCUCCUACAGAGCCAAGAGAAGCAAGAAGGGGAUGACGGCUGAAGUGGAGAUGAAGGGCACUGUGUUUUAA